AAAUUUAAACAAGUGAAUGCUUCACAAUAGAGUGCCACGCCCCCUUAGGUCUGUCUGCAGAGCAGCACGCAUGGAAAAUUAAUGCAGCUGAUGAAACUUCCCAAACCUAACCAAAAUCUACCUUUAAAGUAUCAAUAAGUUUUCCUGAGCUAUUAAAGGGAAAAUUAAACUCGCUAAACUUAAAAAACGCAGUGAUGAGAGUGACGGUGGUCAGGACACUUCUGGGCAUUAGCUCAAAAGCCAGCGGCUGUUCUCCUCUCUGCUCCUUGCAGAAAACAACCGUCAGAUUGUCUGCUGGGUCGCACCUUUAUGGCACAAUCGCUGGAGGAUCAAGGACACUCAGGUUUCCAAGCUCAACUCUAGUGGAGAAAACGAGGUGGAUGUGCUCUUCUGGAUCAGCAGAAAAAGCUGCUGAAAAAGAAACCAGCCCAGAGCAUUUAGAACUGAAAAAGCUUAACGAUGAAUUGGAGGAGGAGAGGAAAAAGAGUGCAGAAUUUCAGGACAAAUACAUGCGAGCUCUUGCUGAAAACCAGAACACGCUCAAUCGAAUGAGGAAGCAGGUCGACGAGGCAAAAAUCUAUGGAAUCCAAAAUUUAGUUAAAGAUCUGUUGGAGUUUUCUGACGUCUUACAAACUGCUCUUGAAAGCACACCCAAGGACCAAGUCACUGAGAAUAACAUUCACUUGAAGAACUUGCAUGUUGGAUUGACGAUGGUUUCAUCAUCACUGCAGAAGGUUUUCAAAAAGUAUGGCGUUGAAGUUGUCGAUCCGUUGGGCGAAAAGUUCAAUCCCAACCUGCACGAAGCACUUUUCCAACAAGAGGUAGAAAAUAAAGAGGCUGGCACAGUUGUUGCGGUUUCCAAAAUCGGCUACAAAUUGAGCGAUCGAGUGAUACGCCCUGCCCUUGUUGGAGUUGCUAAAUAAUAUGAUUUCGCAUAUUCAAAACCUGAUAGAAGGGUAUUGAUUUGGCUUUUGAGACUAGACUGCAAUCAAUGGCCAGUUGGUUGUUCAAAAGUAGCAGCAUGCUUGUUGUCAUUUAAUAUGCUGCAACCUUCUCUACACCAGUAACCUUCGAACUUGGUUUAAUGUAAAAUAAUAAAAUAUUUUGUUAAUUAAAGAGUCAGAAACAUA